ACAGAAAUUAUUGGUAAUGUUUGAAAGCUACAGGAAAGGUAUGAGAAACGUCAAACAGUAGGAGGAAGAAGAGGUGUGAUGUACCGGCGCCACCCCUCUCCUCCUUGCGGGCGCGGCGAAUGGCGGCUCCCGAGGUCGCAGCUUCCGCCGGCGCGGGUGGCUGAGCUUGCCGUUGCCCUUGGUCGUGGGGUCGUUCUUGGCACCGGGGCCGCAGGUGGAAUCAUGGUGAAAUUACUUCAGAUUGUUCGCGACCACUGGGUUCAUGUCCUUGUCCCUAUGGGAUUUGUCUUAGGAUGUUAUCUAGACAAAAAGAAUGAUGAAAAGCUAACUGCUUUCCGGAACAAGAGCAUGUUAUAUAAAAGAGAAUUGAGACCCGAUGAAGAAGUCACCUGGAAAUAAAGACUGUGAAUUACAGAAAGUUCACAUUUUAAAAGUUAUGAGAGAAAUAAAAACAUGUUUAUUUAA